AUGAUAAACACAAUAAUACCGAAUAUACUAUAUACUUCAUCAAAAAAUAAUCAUCAAGAAAAUAAUGGAUGUGAAUUAAUUGGAACAUUUUCUUUAUUAACUCAAGCAUUAUUAGGAUUAUUAUGUUUAUCAAGUUUAAUUUUAAAAAGAUUUUAUGAAUAUCCAAUACGACGUACUUGGCCAGUUUGGAUAUUUGAUGUAAGUAAACAAUUAAUUGGUGCUUUAGGUGUUCAUAUUUUUAAUAUUAUGUUAUCUGUUUUAAAAACUGCACCUGAAGUAUUCACCAAAGAAGAAGAAGAUGAUGAUGAAGAUAAUGCUUGUGAUUGGUAUUUUUUAAAUAUGGUAUUAGAUUGUACUAUUGGAGUUUAUAUAUUAUAUUUGGUAUUCAAAUUAUUAAAUUAUAUUUGUAAAAAUUAUUUUCAUAUAACUCAAAUUAAAAGUGGUGAAUAUGGUAAUAUUAAUAAACCAAGUGUUAAAGCAUGGUUAAAACAAUUAGUUAUAUAUUUUACAAGUUUAAUGAUUACAAAAAUUAUAUUAUAUUUAUUUGUUGAAAUUUUUGAAGUUGAAUUGAUUUGGAUAACUUCUCAUAUUUUAUUAAGAUGGUUAGAUGAAUAUUCAAAUGAAUUUGAAAUUUUUAUUGUUAUGUUUAUAAUACCAAUUUUAUUAAAUUGUUUACAAUUAAUUUUAAUUGAUAAUUUUUUAAAAAAUCAAGUUUGGUUUAAUAGUAAUAAAUUAUUAAAAUUAAAAUAUCCAAAUUUUAAUGAUGAAAGUGAAAGUGUUAGAAAUAGAGAAAUUAAUGAAGUAUUUGAUGAUGAAGAAAGAAUAGAGAAUCAAAAUUAUUCUUCUCAUUCCAAAUCAAGUGAUGAUAAUGAAGAUAAUUCUGAUUUAUUUAAAAAAUAUGGAUCUACUAAUGAAUAG